CCCUGCUCGUCCAACACGACGGCCCUCCGACGCUGACCCUUCCUGGCCUCUGCAGCCUGCCUCUCACCACCACACCCACACCCUCGCACCAUGGCCGACAUUCCCACCUUUACGCUCAACAACGGCGUCGCCAUGCCCGGCGUGCUCUUCGGCUGCUUCCAGGGCCCCGAGUGCCGCGAGACGGCCGACAUCGAGGGCCUGCACGAUGCGCUGGCCGCCGGCUACCGCGGGCUGGACACGGCGAACAACUACAACACCGAGGCGGCCGUCGGCGAGGGCGUGCGCAAGACGGACAUCCCGCGCGAGCAGCUCUUCAUCACGACCAAGCUGCCCAGCACCAUGCACCACGACGUCAAGGCCUCGUUUGAGGACUCGCUCAAGCAGCUCGGCACCUACAUCGACCUCUACCUCAUGCACUGGCCGCAGGGCAAGAAGGAGGACGGCACCGUGUACGACGGCCCGCCCGACGGUCCUACGUUCAACGACGUGUGGGAGGAGAUGGAGAAGCUGCUCGAGACGAAGCAGGUGCGCGCCAUUGGCGUGUCCAACUUCUCCCACAAGACGCUCGGCCAGCUGCUGCAGACGGCAAAGGUCACGCCGGCAGUGUGCCAGGUCGAGGGCCACCCGUUCCACCCUGACUUCGCGUUCAUGAAGUUCUGCCACUCCAAGGGCAUCCACAUGUCGUACUACUCGCCUCUCGGCAACGGCCAGACCGUCCUCAAGGACGCGGACCUCGUCGAGAUCGGCGACGCACACGGCGUCUCGGCUGGCCAGGUGUGCCUUGCGUGGGCGCUGGCGAACGGCGUGUCCGUCAACCCGAGAUCGACCAAUGCAGAGCGCAUCAAGGGCAACAUCACGCUGCCCAAGCUCACCGACGCCGAGGUCAAGCGCAUCAACGACAUCCACAAGAACGACGAGAAGCGCCACUCGCGCCUCUGCCUGCAGCCGUACAACAAGGAGGACAACACGGCGUCGGGCUGGUCGCUCGAGAAGCUCGGCUGGGACGUCGGCUUCAAGCACGCAUAAGCGUUCUUGCGGCGCUCUCGUCCCUGUCCCGCACCAGCCACGCCCGAAAAGCCCGCCGCGGCCUCUAAUCCUGUCUCACGCUGGUCCUUCCGUCACGCUCGCACGCUAAUGAACAAGCACGUACUGUAUGAGUC